CUCACACAUUCUCCCUCCCAUCCUCGCCGGCACAAACCUACCUCCCGCCGUGAAGCUUUCAUCUCCGAUGAGCUCAAUCUCCUCGCAAGGCGUUCAUGUCUUCAGGCUUUCGCCCUAUGCUCGUGUUGGCAGCAGAAACACAAGGGUUUUCAAGCUCAACCUCCCCAACGUUUCCCGUCCUUCACGGAGCCUACACUUCCUCCGCCGCCCCAAACGCCCCAAUUUUGAGGUCGUUUGGUGCUCGAUUUGGGGAGAUGGGGUCUUGGAGAUUGAGGAUGCAGCGUUAAUAGUAUCUACUUGUAUUACCAGGACAUUGCCUCCUGCUUUGACGCUGGAGCAAGGGUUGGAGAAGAUUGAGAAAGCUAUUACAGAGCUGAAGGAAAACCCUCCUUGUAGUGAUGUGGGGAUGCUAAGGUUUCAGGUUGCAGUGCCACCUAGUCCGAAGUCUUUGAGCUGGUUUUGCUGUCAACCAGAGACAUCGGUCGUGUUUCCAUUAUUUUUUCUUUCCAAGGAGAGGGAUCAAAAAACAUAUAAAUCUCUUUCUUUGGGUAGAACCCGUGGGGUCUUUGGAAUCGGGUCUACAAUAAUCUUUAAGGUCCUUUCUUCAUCCAAUAAGGGAAAAUUGAAUGAAAUUGGAAGACAUUUUUACAUUGAUCCAAAACAAAUAGAGGCUUAUGGACUUUUUGGUACUGGUUCUGAUAAAGUGAUAUCUUUCAUGAAGCAUGAGGCAGAUGCUGUUUACUUUUUUAUCCCCCAGUGCAACUGGCAUGGAAUGAUGCGUCUAUGCGCACCCUUGAAGAGGCUUUUCGAGCCUAUGAUGUCUGUUUUCUUCAGGUAUUCUCUGAAUCCUUUCUUUAUGUGUCGCCAAGUUAUUUUUCUUCUGAAGUUCAGUCAUGGCCUAAAAGUUUAAAUCUGAACAGGUGGGUGCUUCAUAUGUCAUCUUUUCCUUUAUGAAACUUUAUCUGCACAUUUUUUUCUGGUUAUCUUUUAUUUUUCAUUUUAUAUUCAAUUUUCAGGUUAAACAAAACUGUUUCAUCAAAUCAGGAAGAUGCGGGAGCAUAUACAUUAGCAGUACUUUUCAGAAACUUAACACGAUAGAGGACGAAAAUGUUGAAAUGGUAACAAUUUUCAGUUUUGAAAUAUGCUCAGAGAAACCAUAAUUCCCAAUGAAAAUUUGGCGUUACCUGUGCUACUGCUAUUUUAUUUU